AUGGACGACUUCGACAGAUUCUCGCUGAAGGGAGAGGCCCAGGCCCAUGGCAACACGCCACUCCUCAGCCCGAUUGAGCUUGCACCCGUUUCUGACGACCCUCGGCCCAGAUGCCGACGUCGGCGCGAGUUCACGGACGGCCCGGACACCCCACAGACACAGAGUCAGGAGCAAUGCCGUCCAUCGGUUUCCUGGUCGCUGCUGCCAGCCGAGGCAUGGCAGCAGAUUGCCGACCUCUUGCCGGACCAGGAACUCGUUCGGAGCGCCAGCACGGCUAGAUGCCUGGUUGAGAUCCUCGAGAGCACUGAACUCUGGGUCCGACGGGCCGACUCCGAAUUCGCGUCCCUCCCUUUUUCGGAAUUGGAGCGCGACGAGAUGAAAAGGGAAGUGCGACUGGAAGGCCGCCAUGGCUACGUCUGCCGCAGGGUGCUCUUCAAGGGCCUCCGGGUGGCGCUGCUCAUGGGAAAGACGGAGAUGGGCCCUUUGGUCCACCUAGCCCGCUGGUGCGGUGCCAAAGUGCAGCAGAGUGGGCAGGGAGCAGACAUUCUUCUGAUAGGUCCUGGCGGCGGUAGCUGCGCAGCAUUCGCCACAUCCCGGCAUUCCCACAAGCUGUACCGCGGUGCCUGGUUGCGGGCAAGCUGCGUGGCGGGCCGGCAGCUUCCGAGACAUCGGAUUGGCUGUGCCUCCAUCGGCGCCUCAUUCAGUUCUUUCCGCUCCUGCAUUGCUGGCUGCCUGGGAAGCAGCAACGAGACUCCAGGGGCCUUCGGUUGCUAUGCACCUCGACUUAUGGAGGGCCUGCUACUGAGCACCAGCCGUUUGCGCACACGCUCCAAAGAGGCCGUGGUCAUGACAGCGCAGCUUCUGGGCGCACAGUGCACAGAUGAGCUCACGAAAGCCCAUACUCAUCUCAUCGCUGGUGCCAGCCAGGGUGAAAAGUAUGAGUUCGCAAAGCAGCACCGGAUUCCAAUCGUUUCUGUGGCAUGGGUGGACAACACGCUCCGCCUUGGCAUGCCCAUGAAAGAGCGGUGUUUUCCGGUGAGCGGCGCGGAUGACUGA